AUGGGUGGAGUUCCUCUCGGCGCCCUUGACAACCUCAAGGACAAGCUCAAGGAGAUCUUCAAGAAGAAGAAGACCAACAACACAACCCAGCCGACUAACGGGGCACAACCUGCUGCCACCACUUCGACCGCUACCCAGCCUACCAAGACCGAGGCCGCUCCCGCCGCUGCUCCCGCGACCGAGCCCGCAGCUCCUGCUGCCGCUGCCGCUCCCGCUUCUGAGCCCGCCAAGGCCCCCGAGCCCGCAGCCAAGCCGGAGGCAGCUCCGGCGACCACCGAGCCCGCCAAGGCCCCCGAGGCCGCUGCUGCACCUGCACCUGCGCCUCCCGCUGAAGCCCCCAAGGCUGCUGAACCCGCUGCACCGGCUGCCACCGAGCCCGCGAAGACGGAGACUCCCGCAGCCCCGGCUGCCGCCCCGGCCGCUGAGACUCCUGCUGCUGCUCCCCCGGCUGCGGAGCCCCCAGUGGAGGCCCCCAAGGCGGCAGAGCCAGCCAAGACGGAGACCGAGACGAAGGAGACUCCCGCUCCGGCUCCCGCCGCUGCUCCCGCCCCGGCUUCUGGAGCUCCCCCCGCCUAG